UUUUUUUUUUUUUUUUUUUUUUUUUUUUUUUUGGGAUUAAAGCAGUUUUUUUAAAGAACCGAGCCGUGUUUUUUCAGCGUUACCCCGGAUUUUUUUUUUUUUUUUAAUAACUCGCGUGCUGCUUUUUUCUGAACCAACCCUUUUUUUUUUUUUUUUUUUAAGAAUCAAAGCGGGAUCUCUUCAGAACCAAACCGGAUUCUUUAUCAGAGUUAACCGGGAUUUCUUUUCAGAGUUUAACCUGAUAUUUCACCAGCGUUAGCUCGCAUUUUUCCCAGAGUUAACCCGGCAUUUUUUCCGCAGUUAACCCGGAUUUUUUUGCAGAGUUAACCGGAUUUUUUUUUUUUUCCGGAGUUAACCCUGAUUUUUUUUUUUAAUUUUUUUUUAAGCUGAUUUAUUCCAGAGUUAACUCCGAUUCCCCCCAGCGUUACCGCUGCUUUUUCCGCCGAACCGAGCCUCCUUUUCCCCGCAGCCGAACCCGUUUUUCCCCGCCAUCCGCCCCGAUCCUUCCCCGAGCGAGCCCGCUUUCCGCCGGGACUCAGAGCCCUCUGCCCAGCCCCGGCUCCGAGCCUGCCCGGCAGCCCCCGAUCCCCGAUCCCCGAUCCCCGAUCCCCCGAUCCCCGAUCCCCGAUCCCCGAGCCCCGAGCCCCGAGCCCCCAGCCCGUUCCCCCGCGCCGCUUUAACCCUUCCCCCGCCGCGCCGCCGCUCCCCCGUCUUGCAUGCGAGGGUCAUGAGUUCCUACUUCGUCAACCCGCUCUUCUCCAAGUACAAAGGCGGCGAGUCCCUGGAGCCGACCUACUACGACUGCCGCUUCCCGCAGGGCGUGGGCCGCGGCCCCGCCGCCGUGCUCUACGGGCCGGGCGGCGCCGCGCCGUCCUUCCAGCACCCCUCGCACCACGUCCAGGAGUUCUUCCACCACGGCGCCUCGGGCAUCUCCAACGCGGCCUCGGGCUACCAGCAGAACGCGCCCUGCGCCCUGGCGUGCCACGGCGAUGCCUCCAAGUUCUACGGCUACGAGGCGCUGCCGCGGCAGGCGCUGUACGGCGCGCAGCAGGACGCGCCCGCGGUGCCCUACGCGGACUGUAAAUCCUCGGCCGGCGGCGGCGGCGGCGGGGCCGAGGGCCAGGGGGGGCACCUCAGCCAGAGCUCGUCGCCCAGCCUGAUGUUCCCCUGGAUGAGGCCGCACGCCCCGGGCAGGCGCAGCGGCCGCCAGACCUACAGCCGGUACCAGACGCUGGAGCUGGAGAAAGAAUUCCUCUUCAACCCCUACCUGACCCGCAAGCGGCGCAUCGAGGUCUCGCACGCGCUGGGACUGAGCGAGCGCCAGGUGAAAAUCUGGUUCCAGAACCGCCGCAUGAAGUGGAAAAAGGAGAACAACAAGGACAAACUGCCCGGGGCCGCCCGCGACGAGGACAAGGCCGAGGAAGAAGGGAACGAGGAAGAGGAGAAGGAGGAGGAGGAGAAGGAGGAGAGCAAGGACUGAGGGGCUGCGGGCCUCGGAGCGGCGCUUUUUUAUGGCAGACGAUAAAUCGGGAUGUUUACGACGGUCAUUCGCUUUUAUAGAGUUUCGGAUGGAGAGGCUCACCCAGCAGGAGCUACCUGACAGGCGGCCCGGCCUUU